AUGGAACAAAACAAUGGCACUGAAGUGACUGAAUUCAUUCUCCUGGGAUUCGCUGGUCAACACAAGACUUGGCAUGUUCUCUUCAUAGUAUUUCUAGUGAUCUAUGUGCUCACCCUAGUGGGUAAUAUCGGGAUGAUCCUACUCAUCAAGAUUGAUUCCUCCCUUCACACCCCCAUGUACUUUUUCCUCCAAAACUUGGCAUUCGUUGAUCUCUGCUACACCUCUGCUAUUACUCCAAAAAUGCUACAAAACUUUGUAGGGACAGAACAAUCCAUCUCAUUCAUAGGAUGUGUGGUGCAGUUACUAGUCUAUGGUGCUUUUGUAACAAGUGACUGCUACAUCCUGGCAGCUAUGGCCGUGGACCGCUAUGUGGCCAUCUGUAACCCACUCCGCUAUCCAACAGUCAUGUCCCAGAGAGUCUGCAUUCAACUCUUAGUUGGUUCAUACAUUAUGGGUUUCCUAAAUGCCUCUGUAAAUGUAAGUUUAAUUUUUUCACUGAACUUUUGCAAAUCCAAUAAAAUUAACCACUUUUUCUGUGAUGCACCCCCAAUUCUGGCCCUCUCAUGCUCCAGUAUUUCUGUCAGCAUCAUACUAACAGCCUUUGUGGGGUUCAAUUUGAUGUUCACUGUGUCAGUUGUCUUCUUUUCCUACAUGUUUAUCCUGGCUGCCAUCCUGAAGAUCUCUUCUGCUGCAGGGAGGAAAAAAGCCUUCUCCACCUGUGCCUCCCACCUGACAGCCGUCACCAUUUUCUAUGGGACUCUCUCUUACAUGUAUCUGUGCCAUUGCACCACAGAGUCUCAAGAGCAAGAAAAAAUGUCUUCUGUGUUUUAUGGUGUUAUGAUCCCCAUGUUAAAUCCCCUCAUCUACAGCCUGAGAAACCAAGAUGUAAAAGAAGCCCUAAAAGGAGUUGGAAAGAAGUGUUUCUAG